CUUUGUCAAAUAAGGAAAACUCAAACUUUUGGCAGUCUGCAAACUGUGAGGUUGACUUUAUAAUUUUUCAUCACCAGGUAUACCUCCUGAAGCCUCUUAACUAUUUUUAGAACUAGGCAGUGUUGCUGAUAAUGCAAUAUAUCCUGCACGUUCAACCUUUGUGAAUCAUACCAUCUAGGGCAAUUGGCUUGGUAAGCAAAAUCUCCAUGGUCACCUGGGCAGCUGCAUUUAGAAAUUCGAGCUGUCCAGUCAAGGUUACAGCACUUGUUUUCUUUCCUUAGAAUUCAAUACAGUUAAAUAUCAUCUGUAAAUUUUGAUUAGCUUUGCAAGGCUAUUGAAGGUUUAUAUAUUCCAAUGCCUCUGAUUAAUCAAAUUCAAUUAAAAAUGAAAAUAAAGAUUUAUUUAUAUAAUAGUGGGGAAUAUAUCCUCUUCUUAUUUGUUUUGAGUUGAAGAGAUGGAGAUAAAUCCAAUAGAAAAAUAAGAAUAAUAAUGUUCAAACAUUUUCAACAUGUAAAGAAUUGUAUUUAGAACUGUCAAAAAUUUAUACAAUAGGAUGUUUUAUCACAGAAUCUGCAAAGGAGACUUCUAGAAAUUAAGAAAUACAAGAUAUUUCUGAUAUAAACCUGAACGCAAAUGUGUACAUUCUAAGAAAUACAAAAACAACUUGGUAAAAAAAAAAAAAAAAAGACACUUAAAAUGAGUGUUGUGUGCUUUCCUUUCUGGUUUUUAUUAUUUUUAAAUUGCUCCUUCAGCCACCAAAGUUAUAUGAUGGUUUCUGAACAGUGUUUACUUUUGUGACAGUUUCAUCUCACUCUGUUGUCCAAACUGAUAAAGUCCAGAAGUCUAGAAAGAGCAAGGGACUCCCUUCCUCUGUUAUAUGUAAGCUGACAAGAGGCAGACAAACACGUUCUGAAGUUUUGUGCAUGCUGCGUUUUCUGUCCUUGCUGCAACAAGAAAAGCCUUUGUUUUCCAACCUGGCAACCUUUGAAGAAGUGACUCAGACAUCUUCAUGGCCUCUAAAGAUGCCCAGAACCAAAGAAGAGGUCUGCCUGGUUUUCUUCCUGGAGCUCCAGACCCGGACCAAAGCCUUCCUGCCUCUUCCAAUCCAGGGAACCAAGCAUGGCAGCUGAGUCUCCCUCUGCCAAGCAGUUUCCUGCCAACAUUAGACCUGAUAAUUAUACACCAGCAGGUGGAGCUGCUUGGAAUGAUACUUGGUACUGAGACCUCCAACAAAUAUGAGAUUAAAAACAGCUUGGGACAAAGAAUUUACUUUGCAGUGGAGGAAAGCAUCUGCUUCAAUCGUACUUUCUGUUCCACUCUGCGAUCUUGCACCCUGAGGAUCACAGAUAACUCAGGUCGAGAGGUCAUUACAGUGAACAGGCCCUUGAGAUGUAACAGCUGCUGGUGCCCUUGCUACCUACAAGAGUUAGAAAUCCAAGCCCCUCCUGGUACUAUAGUUGGUUACGUUACACAGAAGUGGGACCCCUUUCUGCCUAAAUUCACAAUCCAAAAUGCAAACAAAGAAGAUAUUUUGAAAAUUGUUGGUCCUUGUGUGACAUGUGGCUGUUUUGGCGAUGUGGAUUUUGAGGUGAAAACCAUUAAUGACAAGCUUACAAUUGGGAAGAUUUCAAAGUACUGGUCAGGAUUUGUAAAUGAUGUCUUCACAAAUGCUGACAAUUUUGGAAUUCAUGUUCCUGCAGAUCUAGAUGUAACAGUCAAAGCAGCAAUGAUCGGUGCCUGUUUUCUCUUUGAUUUUAUGUUCUUUGAACAUUCACUGGCUGGAUUAUAAUAACCAAGAUAAUGAAAACAAUAAAAUAUGCAGAACAUAUUUCAAAUUCUUUAGAGUAUUUCAAAGCACUUCCACACAUAUGAAUGGCCUGCACUGGACCUCACAAGAAAACAGAGGGUUUCAAUUGUACAUAACAUCAGAGAUGACCAGGUACAACCUCCAUAUAUUGAAGACUUAGAAAAUGAUAAAUAUAAAAAUUAAAUUACUUUGUUUUA